AUGAUAAAAGUUCAGGGGUUGCCGGUGAUCAGGACAACCAUUGUUCCAGGUGUUACUGUUAGCAUCAACCUAUCAUCUACUCAAAAUGGUGAAGGAACAUGUCUCGGAGAUGUGCUAGUCUUUAGGUGUACAGUGACUAGACAUGGGUUACUUGAGUGGUAUCUGGGUACCGUUCGUGUGAGACUCUUUACUGUACAGGAUGAACCAGGGAGUGAACCAGGCCCAGGAUCAUUACCUGAUGUGGCUAACAUCACUCUGGUCAAUGUAGACAAAGACCCAACACACCCACUGUUAGGAAACCUCACUUCUGACCUUGCUGUGGUUGUUAGCAAUGAUAAUAUUGGGAAAUAUGUGAACUGCAGUAAUGGUCUAAAUAACGAACAGAUUCUCAUCAAGAAGCAAUUGGUACCAUUGCCCAUUAUAAUGAAGGAAAACAUCACAGGUGGUAUUGGUGAGUACUCAUUCAGACUGCAGUUACAGGCUCAAAAGAGAUUGUACUCAUUAAACCUCUACAACGAUGACACUCUUGUCAUGAACUUUACAGCAGAAGCUGGCUGCAGAGUUCCACCAUCACCAGUCAAUGGUAGUAUUGAGGAGUACAGGAGCACAGAGGAGGGAGCAGAGAUCCAGUUCCACUGUCAUGAUGGAUACACUCCUAAUGAGAGGAUGUCAUCUCAAUGUCUCAACUCAUCGUGGUCCCCUCAGCCAAUGGACCUAGUCUGUGUCUUACCAGACCCUGACGACGUCACACCAGACCCUGAUGAUAUCACAUCAGAUCCUAACAAGAAGAAUUGUUCAUUGAGGGACUUGUCUCCCUCUCUGGUUGAGGAGAACAGAGUGUGUGGGUCAGUGAGUGGUGGUGGGGUGUGUUACAGUGGAGACAGUGUAGGAUCAGUGGCAGUCUACUUCUGUGAUGAUGGCUAUAGUCUAGAGGGAGACACUACCAGAGAAUGUCAGUCUAGUGGCCUCUGGAAUGGAACCACUCCUCAAUGCGUGGAGAGAGAAGUAGCAGAACUUGAUGAUGUCAGUAAGACAACAGCCAUAGUCAUUGGCGUGGUGUGCAGUCUUAUGUUUCUAACUAUUGGAGUUCUACUGGGAAUGGUGGGACUGUACCUCAUACAUAGAGUGAGGGGCAUGAUGUCUAGACCCCACCUCCUCCUCUCCCCCUCCCCUCCCUCCACCAGUCACCUAUGAGGAGGUGGGUGUGGC